AGGGGAGGGGAGAGGAAGGGAGAGAGAGAGAAGAGAGUGCCUUCCCCUCCCCUCGCCUUCCCUCCGCUCUCUCUCUUUCUCUCCCUCUCUCUCCCAUUGGCCGCCCUUCCCUUUGUGUGCCAGGCAGCUGCAGCCCCAGCUCCACAUGUGAAUGUAUGGUGGUGGGGCCGGGGCGCGCAGCCUUCCUUUCCAUGGGCCAUCUGUCUCCCUCUGACCCUCACCACCCCCGGCGGAAGGAGCAGGAGCAGCAGCGGGACCAGGAGCAGCAACAGCAGCAGCAGGAGCCGCAGGAGCCCCGGCCUGUCCCGGAGCGGCCCCCCGAGGGCAGGGACUUUGCCUCCUCCACCGCCUUCUCUUCCACCGCCUCCUCCUCCGCCUCUCCUCCUCGUCGUCCCUCGCCCGCCUUGGAGGGCUCCCGCCUGGGCCAAGAGGAGCCACCGACUCCGGGGCAGGAGGCAGCAUGGUUCUGGUCCACGUCGGCUAUCUUGUUCUUCCAGUGUUUGGCUCUGUGCGAAACAGAGGCGCUCCUUUUCAAAGGUCUCAGCAUCCUCAUGCUACCUCCUGCCGGCACUUCCACCUGGGCCCCCAGCCACAGAUCUCCGCAGACUUCCCCCUGCCUCAUGCCGUCCAGCCUCACAUGGCAACCGCUCACCAGCACAGCAACCCGCUGCACCCGCCCUUAACGCCUCUGCCUGCCCUGCCAUUCCAGGAUGUGACGGGACCCUCUUUCCUACCUCAGGCCCUUCACCAGCAAUACCUCCUCCAGCAGCAGCUCCUCGAGGCCCAGCACCGCAGACUCAUGCCUCAUCCCAGGCGGACUCAGGAGCGCAUGUCUGUCCAACCUCAUCGGUUACAUCCAAGCUUUGAAUUUGGCCAUCAACUCCAGACUCCUCAACCCGUGGGACCCCAGCCCAGAUACUUAGCUGAAGGAACAGACUGGGACCUCAGCGUUGAUGCUGGCUUGACUCACAACCAGUUCCAGGUCAGGCCUGUUCCACAGCAUUAUCAGCAUUAUUUAGCUACGCAAAGGAUGCAUCACUUUCCACGAAACACAUCAUCAACACAAAUGGUUGUUCAUGAAAUUAGGAACUACCCAUAUCCUCAGCUUCAGCUGCUUGCUCUUCAGGGACUGAAUCCAAACAGACACACAUCUGCAGUGAGGGAAAGUUAUGAAGAGUUGUUGCAACUGGAAGAUAGGUUGGGCAGUGUGAACAGGGGGGCUGUGCAAAACACCAUUGAGCGAUUCACUUUCCCACACAAGUACAAGAAGAGGAGACCGCAGGGAAGCAAAGCUGAGAAGGAAGAUGGGGAGGAGUCGGAUACCGAUGAGAAAUGCACAAUCUGUCUCUCGAUGCUUGAAGAUGGCGAGGAUGUGAGGCGUUUACCUUGUAUGCAUCUAUUUCACCAAGUAUGUGUGGACCAGUGGCUAGCGACCAGCAAGAAAUGCCCCAUCUGCCGAGUGGACAUUGAAACACAGCUUGGAUCCGAUAGCUGAAAAGAGUCGAUGCGAGGAGGUGUCCUCUCUCUUUUUGGGUCCUUCCUGGGGCUGUACAGCCCCUCUGCAGCAAAAUGUUUGCCUUCUGAGCCAUUUGAUUAUUUUUCGAAGAACGCCUGCAAGCACAUUCACAGAUUAUUAUAAAAAUUAUUAAAUAAAUGAAGAAGAUGAAGAAGAUGAAGAAGAGGAGGAAGGAAGAGGAGAAGAAGAUGAUUUGGUGGUUCUCAAUGUCUAGAGGAGAUAGGAGGAGAUCCAAGCAGCCGCUGUAGCCGAAAUGCAUGAGAGCGCGGCUGGAACGCCGAGCGGAAAAGAGUUAGUUGUGGAAGCGAAGGUACCUAGUGCUCUAGUCCUGGCCUCUCAAUCCUGCUUCUCAAAGGGAUUGUAUAUAUAUACCUCUCAAAUAAGUAGAAACACAUUAGGGGUUCUUUAGCUAUUUCUAUGGAUGGCUGCUGAAGCAUGUACGCUUAAGAAAUGUCGUCUUUUGAUGCCCCGUCAUCUUGUGGUGGAUAUGUCGCUGUUAUCUAACCUGCACCAAACAUUGCAUUGGGGUUGUUGAAAUGCUUUUGUUUUUCUCCAUAAGAUUCCUUACUUCGGUGCCUGGCUAAAGCCAUAUAUAUAUAUAUAUAUAUAUAUAUAUAUGCGCGCUGGAGAGGGUAAAUUCAUUCCUUGUUUUGGUGAAAAGAGGAGGGAAAAGUCCUGUUUACACUGAGAAAACAAAAA